AUGUUGGUCAAAUCCAUUGCCAUUUCCCUUGCCAUUGCCCAAAUUGCUUCCGCAGCUGAAUACUGGGAGUCCUUCAAGACUCAAGUCGACCCUACCAACAUCACCUUUCCCUCAAUUGCUCAAACCACCUCGUACGAUGAAGUCACCCAGUGCACCUACUACGAACCCUCCAACUUUGUCUUUGACGCUUCCGAAUGGCCCACGCCAUGGGAGACUGCUACCAGCAACGGCAUGAACACUUCGGCAGAAUUUAAAAAUUUGUACAAUUCUAUCGAUUGGGACUCGAUGCCCAACAUUACCGCCCGUGUUAUGGGUGAUGACGGUGCUGUUAUUAUGACUGACUACGACGAAAGCUCUGACCCUGACUGCUGGUGGUCCGCAACCACCUGUACCGUCCCCAAGCAUGAAGGUGUGAAUGCCGAUAUCUAUGCCUGUCCCGAGCCUGAAACUUGGGGUUUGACCUACGAUGACGGUCCCAAUUGCUCCCACAACGCCUUUUAUGACUACCUUGAAACAGAGAAGCUCAAGGCUACCAUGUUCUACAUUGGUUCCAACGUGGUUGACUGGCCCUACGGUGCUCAGCGUGGUGUCAAGGAUGGCCAUCACAUUGCUGACCACACCUGGUCCCACCAGAUGAUGACUACUUUGUCCAAUGAGGAAGUUUUGGCUGAGCUGUACUAUACGCAGAAGGCUAUCAAAGUGGUUACGGGCGUAACUCCCCGCCACUGGCGUCCUGCUUUCGGCGAUGUUGAUGACCGUGUCCGAUGGAUUGCUACUCAAUUGAACUUGACCACUGUGCUCUGGAACCUUGAUACUGAUGACUGGGCUGCCGGUGAAUCCGAGCCUGUUUCCACGGUUCAAGGCAACUACGAAGACUUCAUCAAGAUGGGUAGCAACGGCACUUUUUCCACCAGCGGUAACAUUGUCUUGACUCACGAAAUUGAUAACACCACUAUGCAAAUGGCCAUCGACUACAUUCCCCAGAUCAAGCAAAACUACAAACACGUUUUGGAUGUCGCCACCUGUAUGAACAUCACCUACCCUUACAUGGAAAACACCGUUGCUUUCACUGGUUUUGAUAACUCUACCCACGCUGCUUCGUCCUCGAGCGUCUCUUCUUCGGUUGCAACUCCUGCCGGCAGUGCUGGUAGCUCUUCCAGCUCUGAUGUGGCCCAGACCUCUAACGACCAGUCUGCUGCUUCCAAGGUCUCCGCCACUGGUGCUCUUGCACUGGCUUUGAUCAUUGCUAUUUUCGCCUAG